AUGAGCACAUCAGCCCCUCCCGCUGCCAUGCUCCUCCGGAGGCUGAGGCGGCUCUCCUGGGGCAGCACCGCUGUCCAGCUCUUGAUCUUAACGGUGGUCACGUUCGGCUUGCUGGCCCCCCUAGCCUGUCACCGCCUCCUGCACUCUUAUUUCUAUCUGCGCCAUUGGCACCUGAACCAAAUGAGUCAAGAGUUCCUGCAGCAAAGUUUGAAAGAGGGCGAAGCUGCCCUCCACUACUUUGAGGAGCUGCCGUCUGCCAAUGGCUCGGUGCCCAUCGUCUGGCAGGCCACCCCCCGCCCCUGGCUGGUCAUCACCAUCAUCACUGUCGACAGGCAACCUGGCUUCCACUACGUCUUGCAGGUGGUGUCCCAGUUUCACCGGCUUCUGCAACAAUGCGGCCCCCAGUGCGAGGGGCACCAGCUCUUCCUAUGCAAUGUGGAACGUAGCGUGAGCCACUUCGAUGCCAAGCUGCUGUCGAAGUAUGUCCCGGUGGCCAACCGCUAUGAGGGCACUGAGGAUGAUUAUGGUGAUGACCCUUCGACCAACUCGUUUGAGAAAGAGAAGCAGGACUAUGUCUAUUGCCUGGAGUCCUCCCUGCAGACCUACAACCCAGACUAUGUCCUGAUGGUGGAAGACGACGCCGUCCCGGAAGAGCAGAUCUUCCCAGUCUUGGAGCACCUUCUGCGGGCUCGCUUCUCCGAGCCGCACCUCAGAGAUGCCCUUUAUCUGAAGCUCUAUCAUCCCGAGAGGCUCCAGCACUACAUCAACCCAGAGCCCAUGCGGAUCCUGGAGUGGGUCGGCGUGGGCAUGUUGCUGGGGCCCUUGCUAACCUGGCUAUACAUGCGGUUUGCCAGCCGUCCAGGGUUCAGCUGGCCCGUCAUGCUCUUCUUCUCCCUGUAUAGCAUGGGUCUGGUGGAACUGGUGGGCCGGCACUAUUUCCUGGAACUGCGGCGGCUGAGUCCUUCCCUGUACAGCGUGGUCCCUGCCUCUCAGUGUUGCACCCCCGCCAUGCUCUUCCCUGCCCCUGCGGCCCGCCGGACCCUCACCUACCUGUCUCAGGUGUACUGCCACAAGGGCUUCGGCAAGGACAUGGCACUCUACUCACUGUUGAGGGCCAAGGGGGAGCGGGCCUACGUGGUGGAGCCCAACCUCGUGAAGCACAUCGGGCUCUUCUCCAGCCUCCGGUACAACUUUCAUCCUAGUCUGCUCUAG